CGGUCGCUCGCAUAGGUAGCCUACCUGUGCGUCGCAUUCAGCGUCUGCAUUCCAUGAAAAGGACGUGUUAACUUCAUGGAAGUUGCAUGAAUAGCAAAAUAUGAGUCACAUGUUUUAAUCUUAGGAAUCGCCGAGGACAUUGACUUUAACUACGAGGGCAUACAAAAACAUGGAGAAAUCGAUCGUUCAAGGCGUUCCACAGCUUAGUAAUGAGAUGCAGCUGAGCAUCAUGAAUAAAGUGAAGAGUGGAGAACUGAGCAUUGAUGACGCAAUCGAUCAGGCCAGAAAAAACAACCUGGAGUUGUUUCAACAGAAGGAAAAACAAGCCACACAGUAUAACUUCAGUGUCCACAAAUUCAACCGGUAUCGCUGGCAGAAACGUGUACUUCAAGUUGAUUUUAAUACAAAGAUGGUUUGCAGCAUAGAGAAAGGUAUCAUAAAACGACAGCUGCCAUUUGCCUGUGUGAAAAACUGCCAUGAUGGAACAGGCACCAAGUUUUCCAUUUCGUUCAAGGGUCGCCAUGACUACGAACUAGAAGCCACAUCUAUGCAGGAAAAGCAAAAGAUGCUGCAGUUAGUGAGUCAAAUAAUCCACAGCAACAUCUACAGCCAGUCAGCGGACCGUCUAGAAGAUGUGUACCAAAUGCCCCCAGACCCAAAGAGCCUCCGCCAAGGCCAACUCCUCCUACAGAAGGGUGGCAUGGCCUCUUUUAAAUGGAAGAGGUAUGAGGCUCACCUUCAUGCUGGUCAGCUGACUCUCUUGUCUACAAAUGACGGUGAUGCGGUCUCCAGCUCCACUCUGCCCAUCGUCAUCCAUUUCUCGGAUGGAAAGGCUAGAGUAGAGACGUCACACUCCUUCGACACGUUUACACUUCACACACAUUGUAGUGCAUACCAGUUCAGGGUACCUAUGACAGAUGUAAUGAAGACUGCUGACAUACAAACAGAGAGGGACUCAUGGGUUCAGGCUAUUGGAAAACUGUGUAUGAACUGGAAAUGCUGCUCCCAGUCUGAGCCAAUGUAUGCAGACCUUAAAAAGCUGAGGGCAUCCAGGACAGUCACAGGCCUCCUGCAGCAUUCUGAAGAUGGGGCUCUCUCCGGCACUCUGCUACCGUCAACGGAGGAAGUAUCUGACGGUGAGGAGUCCACAGCCCUUACCAGUGUCAGGGCUUUUCCACUUCCACCAACACCACCACUGGCAAAGCCUUGCAGCCCAGUGUGCUUGCCCACCAUGCCUUCAACAUCUCCCUUGUACUCAGACCUGCACCCUGUGGCACCAUCUCCUCCGGUGCCAGCCCCACCUCCACUACCCAGAAAGAAUCCCCUGCCAGAGGAUCGCACCAAAGCCUUCCACUGGGAUUUGCUGCCCCAGGACAAGAUUGACAAAUCCUUCUGGACACAUGGCGUCAGUGGAAAGGCUAAGAUUGACACCUUUCUGUUGUUUGAGCAGUUCAAAGUCAAAGUCUCAGAAAACGUUGCUGACAGUGUGGAUUCGAGCCAUCACAUAGAAAUCAUGUUGAACCAGAAGAUUGCACACAACUUCAACAUUUUCCUCAAAAGUUUCCCAGUGCAGCCAAAGGAGCUGCGCGAAAAGCUGUGUAUCAUUAAUGAGAAGGACGGCGGCCUAUCUGAUGAGCAGAUUGCCUCUCUCAGGAGAUAUGUGCCGACUGUGGAAGAUGUGGAGAUGUAUAAAUCAUACAAAGGAGUAGCCUCAGACCUGCACAUAGUGGAUCAGUACAUGCUAGAGAUGUGCAACAUCUCGUUUCUGAGCUCUCGCCUAGACCUGCUACUCACACUCAGAGAGCUGCCCAUUACCAUGGAGGACCUGGAACCGUUGAUUAACCAGAAGAUCCGUAUGUGCCAGCAGCUGAUUGGCUCUCAGACAUUUGUGUGUGUGCUAGAGUACCUGCUGGCUGUUGGUAAUUACCUGAAUGAACAUGCAGGCAGAGACAAGGCUAAAGCAUUUCGGCUCUCGUCCCUUACUAAACUCUCUCAGUUGCGUGGGGUGGAGCGGCACGUCACCUUGCUGCAUGCCCUUGUGGAGCAGAUCGUGUUGCAUGAGCCAGGCUUGGCCACCUUCCCCUCCGAGCUUGCAGAAUUUGACACUGUCCCGGGGGCUUCCAUCAAAGGCCUGACAGCAGAGAUAGACGUUGUGAAGAAUGAGCUUCAGAAGGCUCUCCAGUAUAAGAAGAGCUACAGCAAGAAGAACCCCAUUCCCCAGCAUCCCAAAUUCUCCAAAGACCUAAAGGCAGCCAUUGAGAAGUACAACAUGGAUCUGCAGCAGCUGACAAAGAAAAGCGAGGAGAUGAGGAAGAUCUACUCUGACAUCUUGGUAAAGUUUGGGGAGGCAGCUGACCAGGACUCCCAGGAGCUGUUUGGCUGGGUGUGCCAGUUCAUCACUGAAUUCAAGAAAGCCCAUGCAGAGCUCUCAAAAUGAUGACAAUGCAGUGUGCCAUACUAUACACUGCAUGAGGAGUGUGUGUGUGUGUGUGUGUGUGUGUGUGUGUUUGUGUGUGUGUGUGUGAGAGAUUUUUCAUUUAACUCAUGCGUGUUCCCUUUGACUGUCUGUUUUCUCUUUUUGCUUUUAAUCAUUAUUUAUAUUUCAUGAUAUGGCAAUAUUGUACUUAAGAGUCCUGCCAAUAAAGCUUAUUAAAACAAAAGGUGAUCAAGAGUGUGCGACAGAGACAUUCACUCUGAACUGAAUGCUGUGUGGACGCCUGAAGAGCAUCUGUUGUAUUUGCCCUAUCCAUUACAUUACAUUUAGCAGACACUUCUUGACCAAAGUGACUUACAUACAGUA